AUGGAAGAGGUUGUGAAGAAGCUCACGGAGCUCCUAGAGGUGAUGUCUAAGAAGCAGGACGGGAAGGUAUCAAUCAGCGAUGACAGAGUCGUCGCUCUCAACAACGUCCUCUCGCUGGUCGGUAUCUUCAAGUACGAUCCUGAUAACGGGAUAACGUUCGAGCGCUGGUUCAGACGCAAUGGGAAGUAUCUCGACUCUCAUUGCAACUCCGAAGAGGAGCGUCUUCAGCUCCUCCUGAAAGCCUUGGGGCCGAAGGAGUACAACCAACUACGAGGUCGAACGUCACCUGCACAUCCCGAAGAUAAAACAUAUACCGAACUAGUCGCAGAACUCAAGUCGAUGUUCGGUGAAUCGAAGUCCCUAUUUCGUCGCCGGCAUGACACGUUGUCAGUACGCCACGCACCAGGUAAGCUCGUCGAGGAAAUCGUCAACUCGACGAAGCUCUACGGUGACGACUUCGAGUUCAGCAAGCUCACCUUGGACAAUUUCAACAUCUUUAUCAUGCUACUGCAUCUCUCGGACCCUUCCUACAAGAAUCUACGGGGCGUCAUCAUGAGAGCAGUCGACGAGAAACCGGACAUCAAGUUGGAAGAUCUACGAACGGUGAUGCGGCGAUAUGAGACCCGUACGGUAGACACCCAGGUUGAUCAAACAAGCAAUCGAGUGGAGGGGCAACCAGCGGUGUUUGGUACAAGCGCCAAGAAAGGUACACCUCAUCCAUCAAGUUCGAGGAACCGAGCCAACACCAAGAAACCUCAGAAGUCUCUGUCCGCACGCGGAUGUGUUGGUUGUGCAGAUGAUCAUCCUCGCAGGGAAUGUCCCUUCAAGAACUCCUCUUGCAACGCCUGCAAAAAGAUCGGGCACAUCGCGAAGGUGUGCAGAUCAAUGCAAAGCAAUCAGGUGCAAGUCCACUCUACGCUCAACCAGGCCGAGCUCGACGAAGGUCGCACGUUCGUGAAGGUAACACUUAAUGGCAAGAUCGUGAAGUUCCGGGCGGACUCCGGCGCUGACAUUUCCACAAUCAACCUCGAAACCUGGAAAGCUCUCGGUUCUCCGCCUUUGGAUGUUUAUGGAAGUUCGUGUACGCAUGUCGACGGCGGAACCAUCAACGUUAAAGGCUACUUCGACGCCGAAUUCGGACUAGGAAACAGAUCAGUUGUAGAGCCUCUCCUUGUGCUCGCUAGUGGGAAGGUCAAUCUCCUUUGUGGCCGCCUACUCAAACAACUGCAUCUAGUGACCUGGAAUUUCGGUGACAACGUCGUUGUCGUCAACGCGAUCAGUGCGCAGGUUUUGGAAACCAAGUUCCCCGAUCUGUUCAAGUCUGGACUCGGAACCUGUACCAAACUGAAAGUGCACCUACACCUUCGAAACAACGUUGUUCCGGUGCAUCUCCGCCCUCGUUCGGUGGCUCUCGCACUCCAAGAGCCAAUCAACCAAGAGCUCGACAGACUCGUCAAGAACGGUACUCUCGUGCCGGUAGACACUUCGGAGUGGGCAACUCCGAUAGUGGUCGUCAAGAAACCGAAUGAGUGGAUGCCAACCGCCUUCUCCCAGGGGGAAGAGGAGUGGAUAACUUAA